UGUGCAGGCUCCAUUUUUUAAAUGUUCUUAUUCUCCUCAUGAAUAAUGGAAGAAAAAAUUGCUAUGGUUCACGGAGGAAUGUGAUAACUUAAUGAAAUGAAAAGAACGACUAAAGAGGACUGGGGGACGAGAUGUCUGUGGAACGAUUAGUCUAAUAGAAUUCUAAAAUUAGAAAGUCAUGUUACCUUAUCACGUGAUUAUAAUCACAUGCUGAAUCAAGAAGAUGGCGGUUGGAAAAAUAUUGUUAACAAUAAUUUUGGUGAAAUCAGUGUGGUCCACCUCGCUGCGUGACAAUGUUCCACUCUGGGGGAAUUCCUAUACAGUGGAGGGGGUACUACAGCUGCCGUACGCAGAACUAAAAGAACCGUUCACAGCGUACUAUGAUGCCACGACCAACCAGAGUCGCAUAGAUUAUUACGGGGACUUGGUUGUCACCAUGCAGUUACAAGCCAAAAACACCAGCAUUAAGAUCGCAUACAUGACCACAGAGUUGGUGCUUAACAAGAAGUCCUGUUUCCUUGUCAACGGAAGUUCUCCAAUACAGUCCGUCCUACCAGACCUCACAGACUUUAAGAAAGUUGGACAGGAUUCAAUAGGAUCGACCAUGACAGAUAAAUGGGUGAAGGUCAUGACCCAUGGGAAAAAGAAGAACCCGUACACCAUGUGGGUGGACUCUGAAACGUCUGCCCCGGUCCGCUACGAGAUGAUGGGCUACGAUACACUGCUGGGCUCUCACUACGACAAGUACUACUUGGACUACUCCAACUUCCAGAAUAAGACGCUCAAUGCCUCGGUGUUUGAUUAUAAUUCUUAUGGUCUGACCUGUUCCGGAUUUCCUGGCCCAGGUGUAUCAGAAAGAAGAGUCCUGAUUAACCCGAUGGUGGAAUAUCUCAAUGGCUAGGAUGAUCAUGUGGUCGAAAUGUUUGCUGCACACAAAAACACAAACAGAAACAUUCUCCGAAAUACGACAGUAACAUGGAGCACGCUCAGAGAGAGCACAACUUUAGCCAAACGUUGGGUAUUUUAUUUUCACAAAAAAUAGAACUAAGAUCAAAACAAUUAGUUUCUGAGGCACCAAUGCAUUGUGUCAAAUGACUUUGCAUUGAUAAAAUUUAUUGUUUGUCUAAAAACGAGGAAUAACUCAAUUUUUCAAUUGAAAGUUUACCAUGUUUACAAAAGUCAAAUACUAACUAUUGGUUAUAGAAAAAUAUACUAGCGAAAAAAAGAAACUGUGCAUAUUUAACAUAUGAAAAAACACUUAAAAAUUACAAUGAACAAAUUUUAAUUUUUGUAAUACUGUUAACACAUGUAUUUGUAACAACAUCUCAUAACACUUUAAUGUCAACGUCGAAUAACGUCAAUUUCAGCACACUCGAAAGUCACUGUUAUUUGAAAUUGAAUUAACAAAAUUAAUAACGCGUGUGACCACCAUUUUUGUUCACGCAUGCUUGACAGCGACGCCUCAUUGAUGCCACUAAAGUGUUCAGAAAUGCUUUAGGGAUGUUGUUCCAGAUCAUGGUUAAAGCCUGACCUAUAUCAGCCGAUGUCACUGGCUGAUUUGGUAAACGGCGUAAAGUCUUUUCAUUUUAUCCAAGACGUGUUCGAUCGACGACAAAUCGGGGGAAAAAGCAGGCCAAGGCAAGACAUCGACAUUCUGUUGAACAAACAAGUCCCUAUGACUACACGUGCGAUGUGUAGCCUUGCGUUGUCUUGCAGCAGAGUGAUGUGAUUUUGAUGUCUCUGUAUGAAGGGUAUCACAUGACGUGAAUAAUUUCAUCUCGAUAGCGUACGCCGGUGUGAUUUCCAUUGACAAUUUGUAGAGGGGUCCUUCCACAUGCUGAUAUUUCACCCCACACCAUAACGCUACCACCACCAAAUUAUCGACGUUGCACAGCACAAGCUUCCUGGUAACGCUCCCCAACGCGACGAUACACCCUACAACGCCCGUCACUGCUAUCUAAAUAAAGACGAUUACGCAUAGUUCUUGGACUAAUUAGUCGAAGCCAUGGAAUGCUACGGGCAGUCAAACUUGCUCUCUGGAAACGAUUUCUCAGAUGCACAAGUCUAAUGUGGUUGUCCUGUUGACGUGACGUCACACGAGGUCUCACAGAGCGCGGUUGAUCCUGAGUGUUGCCAGAUUAUUGAAAACGUCUCCAAAAUGACUGAAUGGUGUUCCGAUGAACUCAAAAGUGUCUUGCUACAGUAUUAAGCUCACCUGAGCUGAAAGUUCAAGUGAGCUAUUUUAAUCACCUUUUGUCCGUCGUCCGUCCGUCCGUCUGUCUGUAAACUUCUUACAUUUUGAACUUCUUCUCUAAACCCGCUUAGCCAAUUUCAACCAAAUUUGGCACAAAGCAUCCUUAUGAAAAGGCAAAUAUAAAUUGCAGAAAUGAAAGACCUAUCUGUGUUCAAAGCGGAGAAAACAUCGAAAGUGUAGAAAAGGGGGUGCAUUUUUAAAAAUCUUCUUCUCCAGAACUACCGAGUCAUAUUCAACGUUAUUUUGCAUAAAUAAUCCUUAUGGAAAGGAAAAUAUAAAUUGCAAAAAUUUUCGGCGAAUUCUGUUUCAAAUUCGAGUAAUUUACGAAAUAAUCGCGGUCAGUUUGUAACUUUGGGUUCGGUAUUCCAUAUCGAAAACGAAAAUUCUAUUGUUUGAAUGUCUGAAUGAAGACAAACGGGUCAAACUGACAAAGAUAACUUUGCCUGUUGUGCAGUAGUUUAUUACAUACGAAGGGAUAUUUGAAACAUGCUAAUAUAUUUGUGCCGAUUUCGAGAAGUGAAUUGAGGUUAAAUCUUUCAAAGCGUUGACAUUUUCACUCGUGACCGUGUUUUUAUGCUGUUUUGAAUUUCGUUUUUGCAUUAUGGAAAUAUUGCCUGUAUUUUGGAAUGUUUACGUAUCGAAUGAAAUAAAGACUUCGGUAAAUCAGACAGUAAAUUGUUUACCUGCGUAAAAUGAGCAAAAUCUGAUGCAGUAACAACAUAUUAUAUUAUAAAUACUAUACAUUCUAUUGGUAAUUCGGUACGAUCUUAACGUUAUGGUUGAUUAUAAUGAAACGUGUUUUGUAAAGAUGCUCUGCAUUUUCAGUCUAAAUGUGAGGUUGUUUUUGCUGCUAGAAAUAUAUAAGUAUAAAUAUUUUAUGAAAAAUAAA